AUGUUCAGAUCACUUGACUCUUCUGAAAAUAUAACAACUGAUGAUGAAGAGUUUAUAGAUUCAAUAAUAAUGUAUAUAAACCUAGAAGACGUUAAAUUAACAGAUUUGGAGGUACGAAGUGACGAGGAGAAGAUACGUAUUCUUAAAGCAAAUCAUAAAGGAUUAGCAGAAGAAGGUGGAUACCAGGGAAUAAAUUCAUUGGUUUAUAGUUAUGAUGCUAAGAUACCUAUAGAAUUGACACUAGAGAGUUAUCAGGUUAUGAUGACUAAGCAAAAAUGGACAACUGACAAAUUACUCGAAUUUCAGAUAAAGCAAAUAAAAGGUCUAAUAUAUGAGUUAAAUAAGGCUCAGAAAAAGAAAGAUGUGAACAAAGAACCCAUUGGUGUAGGGGAUCUUAUGCUUGUUUAUGAUUCUACUCUUGAUAAUUCACUAAGAAAAUUUGACUAUCGAUGGAAUAGGCUUUAUGUGGUAAAGGAGAUAGGAAAGCAUGGUCAGUAUUAUUUGGCAGAG